AAAUGCUCUCAACUCUAUAUUCUUGUUUGAUGUCUUCCGUCCAUAUUUUGGCUUUGACAAGCGAUUGAAGAGUGUCAAACUCGUAUUACGUUUGCAGUUGUAGAUGCAGACAAGAAUAGAUUAUUGCGCUUCUACGGAUCCCAAUCUUAUUACAUAGUUUAUUCUCUCUCUCUCUAGAUAACGUUAGAGCACUGUUCUGCCUUAUUUUAGUGUAAAUCUUUGCUGUUAAAGUGGUUCCUGGAGUCGGGAAAGAGGAAAGAAGAAGAUGAUGACCAGAAUGUGCCGAUUGAAGAAAUUCACUGAUAUGGCAAUGGUGGCCUCGAAAACAUCAACGACUUCGUAUUCCAGUCGAAUAACGUCGAACCCAUUAGCCAAUUAUGUUCGCGUAGGACCAUACCGCAGGAAUAUCGAACGGGGAAGGCAUAAAUGGCAUCUGAAUGGUGUUAGUAGAUACUUCAUUCAUACGACUCGUAGGAUUAGGGCAGAAGCCAAUUGCCCACGAUGUUCUUCCCAAAUGGAUCUCAUUUUCUCGAAUCGACAUCUCCCGUUAUUGAUUCCGCCUUCCACCGAUGAAUCCAAUACUACGGAUGAAGGAUCGUCUUAUCAGGCGGUUAAUCUAUGCCCUAACUGCAAAUCCGCGUACUAUUUCCAGCCUAACAGGAUCGCUCCCCUUCAGGGUAGUUUCGUGGAGAUAGGGAGGGCAAAAGGGAAGGACGAUAAGAAGUCUGGCAAAAAUCAGGGAAAUGGGAACCGGCUCAGAUUGUCAUUUUGGGAAACUUUGAGAUCCUAUGGAAUUGAACCUCCAGAGAAUCGGCCUCCGGCAGGCAAUGAAUUGGCAGUGCAUACACCGCCUGGUCCGCCUUUUGCGCCUGGAGUCAAUGUCAUUAGGGCAACUGGCCCCGGUGGGACUGGAACUGGAGGUGCUGGUGGAGAGACUGGAACGGCUGAAGAGAAGAAAGGUUGGGGUGGAUCAAAUUUGGGGAAGAAUUUACCUACACCAAAGGAAAUCUGCAAGGUUUUGGACAAGUUUGUAAUUGGCCAAAAACGUGCUAAAAAGGUGCUCUCAGUAGGCGUUUAUAAUCAUUACAAAAGGAUAUAUCAGAACUCCAUGCAGAAAGGGUCAGGAGAAGAAUCAGAAAGAAGUGGGGCAAGUGAUGAUGACGAUAACGUGGAGUUGGAAAAGAGCAAUGUUCUAUUGAUGGGGCCAACUGGUUCAGGAAAGACAUUGUUGGCAAAAACUCUUGCUCGUUUUGUGAAUGUUCCAUUUGUCAUAGCUGAUGCAACAUCAUUAACUCAAGCUGGCUAUGUUGGAGAAGAUGUUGAAUCAAUACUACAUAAAUUGCUUACGGUUGCGGAGUUCAACGUACAAGCAGCUCAACAAGGAAUGAUUUACAUUGACGAAGUGGAUAAGAUAACAAAAAAGGCUGAAAGCUUAAACAUAAGCAGAGAUGUUUCUGGAGAGGGUGUACAACAGGCAUUACUGAAAAUGCUGGAAGGGACUGUAGUUAAUGUACCUGAAAAAGGGGCAAGAAAACAUCCCAAAGGAGAUAGCAUUCAGAUUGACACAAAAGAUAUCCUUUUUAUAUGUGGAGGUGCUUUUGUUGAUUUGGAGAAGACCAUUUCAGAGAGACGGCAAGACUCUUCAAUUGGGUUUGGAGCACCUGUUCGCGCUAACAUGAGAACUAGUGGAACAACUAAUGCAAUGGUGACAUCAUCCCUGCUUGAAACUGUGGAAAGUAGUGAUCUAAUCUCUUAUGGACUCAUACCUGAGUUUGUUGGACGUUUUCCAAUUUUGGUCACUUUGUCAGCUUUGACCGAGGAUCAACUUGUGCAGGUACUCAUGGAACCUAAAAAUGCUCUAUGUAAGCAGUACAAAAAACUAUUCAGUAUGAACAACGUGAAGCUUCAUUUUAGAGACGAAGCUCUGAAAAUGAUUGCUAAAAAGGCAAUGGUGAAAAACACUGGUGCCAGGGGUUUGAGAUCCUUAUUAGAGACCAUUCUUACUGAAUCUAUGUAUGAGAUUCCUGAUGUCAGGGAAGGGAAUGAUAAGAUAGAUGGUGUUGUGGUUGAGGAAGAGUCUGUUGGUACUCUAAAUGCUGCUGGCUGUGGAGGAAAAGUUCUGUAUGGAAAAAAUGCAUUGGAACGAUAUCUUGAAGCAGCUAAGCAAAAUACUGAGGCAACAGAAGGUGAUUUGCAGGUAGCCGAAAGAGCCAUGAGCAUGUGAUGUAAAGCAGCUUGUACAUUACUAUUAUUAAAUUGAUUUCAAGAUCGCGCCAAUUCAUUGCUGGGCACCACAAGGAUUCUAACAGUAUCCCAUCGUAGUAAUAACAAUUACAAAAACUUUCUGUCUCAAGUUCAUAGAUUUAUUUAAGUUGUGAACAAAAAUAAUAGGACUAAUGUAUAGAGUUCCCCCCAAGGAAAGGGAGCCACUGUUGAAAGAUAGGUUCAGGCAGUUGCCAUUAAUAAUUCAAUUUUUCAUAUUUAUGUUCCAUAAAA